UCCCCUCAGCCAGGGCUGGAGGUCGUGGGAUUUUGGCACCUCCCGGUCUCACCUGGCUGGCAGCUGACUCACCACGGCCCCAGCAGGGUCCUGGGACAGGUUUGGCCAGGAUUGGGAGCGCUGGAUGGGGACAGCAGGGCCUGACCUUGGCUGGUGGCAGCCAGAGCCUUCCCAGGGCCCUGGGAAAAGGCACAGCCGGAGGGGCCGGGCUGGGGCCGCCAUCCCAUGGGAUUUAAGCGGCCCCAGGGCGCUGCUGGGGUGUGAGACCGGCUCUCCCCGCUGACCAUGAGGCUCCCCGUGCUCCUGGCUGCCCUGGUGGCAGUGGCCACCUGCACCGAGACCUUCUUCGGGUAGGGGGGCCGGGAUGGGGAGGUGGCACAGGGGAAAGGCUCAGGGGAAAUCCCCGGGAUGGGGGAUGGAUGGGUGGGGUGAGGUUGGACUAAUGGGGCCGGAGCUCAUCCCACACCCCUCAGCACCCCCUGACCCCACAGGCACCAGGUGCUGCGCAUCACCCCCCAGAGCGAUGAGGAGCUGCAGAAGGUGCAGGAGCUGCAGCACCUGGAGCAUCUGCAGGUACUGCGUGUGGAGGUGGAUUUUGGGGACAAACCCCCCAAGCAAAGCAAGGAUGGGGUUGGACGUGGGAUUAUGGGAACCAAGCGGUGAAAAGCGAGACAGGCUGGUGCUGGGGGCGCAUCCCAAGGCAGGGUCUCACCCCUCGUCUCCAUCUCUCCCCAUCCAGCUGGAUUUCUGGGUGGCUCCCCGCCGGCUCGGGCUCCCCGUGGACAUCCGCGUGCCCUUCCGCAGCCUGCAGGCGGUCAAAGCCCACCUGGAGGCCAGCGGGGUCUCCUACUCCGUCAUGAUCGAGGACGUGCAGGCCCUGCUGGCUGAAGAGCAGAUGGAGAUGCUCCGCAGCAGCCGCCAGCGGUCGGUCGACACCAGCACCUUCAACUACGAGACCUACCACACCAUCGAUGAGAUCUACAAUUUCAUGGACAUGCUGGUGGCCGAGAACCCCAACCUGGUGAGCAAGCUGGAGAUCGGCCGCUCGACCGAGAACCGUCCCCUCUACGUGCUCAAGUUCAGCACAGGGGGCACCAACCGCCCGGCCAUCUGGAUCGACACCGGGAUCCACUCCCGCGAGUGGGUGACACAGGCCAGCGGCGUCUGGUUUGCCAAGAAGAUCGUCCAGGAUCACGCCAAUAACGAAGGAGUGGCCUCCAUCCUGGAGACGAUGGACAUCUUCCUGGAGAUUGUCACCAACCCAGACGGCUAUGCCUACACCCACACCACGAACCGCAUGUGGCGCAAGACCAGGUCCAAGCACGCGGGCGCCAUCUGUGUCGGAGUGGACCCCAACCGCAACUGGGACGCAGGUUUUGGAGAUGCCGGAGCCAGCGGAAACUCCUGCUCGGAGACCUACCACGGACCCUACCCCAACUCGGAGCCCGAGGUGAAAUCCAUCGUGGACUUUGUGAAGAGCCACGGCAACAUCAAGGCUUUUGUCUCCAUCCACAGCUACUCCCAGCUCCUGCUCUAUCCUUACGGCUACACCUCGACCCCGGCGCCAGAUGACCAGGAACUGCACGAGAUUUCUGCCAAGGCCGUGGCAGCUCUGUCCUCCCUGUACGGCACCAAGUUCCAGUACGGCAGCAUCAUCACCACCAUCUACAGAGCGAGUGGCUCGACCGUGGACUGGACCUACAACCAGGGCAUCAAAUAUUCCUUCACCUUCGAGCUGCGGGACACGGGGCGCUACGGCUUCCUGCUGCCCGCCAAGCAGAUCGUGCCCACGGCCCAGGAGACCUGGCUGGCGCUGAAGGUCAUCAUGGAGCACGCCCGGGACCACCCCUACUGAGCUGGGAGCAGCUGCAGAGAGGGGAGAAGGCAAUUAGUCAAUAAAUGGA